AUGACUCUGUGGUAUGUGCAGAUCGCUGCUUACAUUUUAUAUUCUGAUGGCCUGGUGACAAACUGCAAGCGCGCCUGGGGAUACCCCGGAUGGCAGCCUGCAGACGACUGGUGGAUGAUUGGGGGCGUGGCGGCGAGCCUGCUGGCCGGCCUGGAGACUGUCCAAGACGCCAAGUGGAAGAGCCAGUUUGCCCCGGACUGGUGCCAGUACUACUGCCACGCCUUCGACUCGCAGCUGUUCGAGUCGCUGAUGGAGCAGGUCGACAAGGCGAAGGAGGAGGGCAAGACGGCGGUCUCGCAGCGCGCCUGGCAGCGUCGUGCGGUGCUGUGCACGAGGACGGUGUUGGAAGAGAGCUUCAACGGGAAGGAGCUGCUGAACUCCCGUCUAGAGGACAUCAAGGAGGCCGUCAACACCAAGCACCGCAUCGACCCCAGCAAGCGGCAGCAGGCCUUCAGCAGCCCAUCACCACCACCAGCUGCCAGUGACGACCAGCCCCAUCGUCGUCAUCACCUGCCUCUCCCCCCUCCCACAACCCAGACGAGGCGGUCAUCCGGGCGCUGCUGGCCAUGAAGGAGGCCGACCGCAACUUCAAACUCACCCACGCCGCAGCCAUCAUCGUCGCGGAGCUGCUGCUGGACCCCAACCCACAGCACAGGACCGACGAGGCGGCGGGGAGGGCAGCAAAGCUGCUCAAGCAGCUGGUGCGGGAGUGGGCGAAGAUGAUUUAUCCUUCUGCCUCGGUCGCAUAGCAUAGUGUGGUGUGUUGUCCGUGUUGUGUGGUGUGCUGUCUGUGUUGAUGCGUGUAUCCACCCAGCCCCACGCACUUUUUUCAAUUCG